AUGUCAGAGAAAAAAGGCUAUGAGAACUCUUAUAGACAUGGUCAUCAGACACAAGAUCCUUCUUCCAGAGCCGAUUUACAACCCCCUGUGAACUUCGUGGAUACCCAGCAAGAGGCACAACAUGCCCAAUGCCAGUGUUCCUCCAAAAUACGUUUCCUCCGUGCCUUGCUCACCUACCUUACCAAUUGCGUCCUGGAGCUGGUAGAGUCUGAAGCCAACAGCAGGAUGCAUAUUGCCUCAGAAGAGGGAGAGAGAGGAGUAAACCACAACCAUGAGCCUCACUGUCUCUUGAACGAUAUAGACUUCUUCCUCUUUGAUGAGAUGCUCAGAUCCAAGAAUAAUGGUUGA